UUUAAUGAUUGGGAGUUUUGAAUGUUACACAAUAUUGGGUUAUACGGUCGUAAACAUAUUUCGUUUAUAGAUUCUGAAAUUGAAUAGUUUAAAAGCAGCCACUUAUUUGCAUAAUACCACAUAAAACGUCUUUAAGUGACAUAGUAAAGGGUUAUAUUAAUAAUGACGUCCACUUCAGUUUCACUUUUCGGUUUCUAAAACGGUACCAUAUAUGCGACACGUUAUACUCAAGUACCCCAAAGUCUUGCUGCCCCCUAGUGGAGUGUUACAGAGGGGCAGUUCAGACAGACUGGAUGGAUGGAUGAAUGAAUGGAGAGAUAGCCUGUCUCAAUGUGCAUACUAUCCAUGACACUAGUAAUAUUCAAUAUCCGUGACACUAGUAAUAUUCAAUACUAUUUAGGGCGGAGAGGGUGGUUAGUAGUCCUAUGCACAUUGGGAUGCAGGGAUAGUCUGGUUCUCGCUUUUCCUACAGAUAGAACACGGUCCAUGAAUUGGAAAUUGGUGUGUCUUCUUUCUCUUUCUGUGUGUGUGGCAAUAAGCUGCAUUGCACCAUUUACUUUAGUUACCCCACACACCUUCAGAGAGUUUCUGUCAUUUUGAGCCUCUCAGCAAGCAUAAUGUGGUGCCCUGGGGUAGAUGUGCCAUGUGUGCUUGAGAGAGAGAGACCCUCUUAAUGUGCUUAAUUGUGAAAUUUAUGGGUUUUCAUUUUUCUUAUGUAAAUAACUAUACUACUGUAAACAUUAUCCAUUGAACAUUAAAACCAGAACAACGACCUUCCGGUCGAAGUUAGGAUAUUUGUAAUUAAUUAUAACGUUACAACUUUCCGGAAUCUGCAUUAAAAUGAAUCAUCUGGCCAAAAUGAAUUAAGGCACUCAUGGGGUUAAAGCAAAGUCGCUUCCCUGGUUGAAGUACCUAGAUAUGACGUAGUAGUUAGAUUAGCCAAUCAGGAUCCAGGGACGUGACAGAUCUCGGAAGCAUAGGGCGGGGCUUCACGGCAGCGUUUAGCGGGCACGAGAGAUUUUUUCUGUUGUUUAUGUUCAAUUUUCAUGACACCAAAAUGGGAGCUGGUAUCUCUACCUCGAUGGGAGAUGAUGGCCUACUGGAUUCUCUCCUUUGCCUCUCAUCUCUAUUCUUUCUACCAGCUGCACAGGUUUUCUAAAGAGCAUGAGGUCAGUCUGGACAGAGAGGUGCAGCUGGAGAGAGGAUUCUUUAUUUGGGGAUUCAAGAAGGACCCGACUGAUUUUGAAUGGAGUUUUUGGAAUGAGUGGGCGUGGCGGUCUCUUCUGUGGUCUCUGAUUGGCCAUGCUGUGGUGUCCAGACUGGCAGCCUAUUAUCUGCCUCAGUUCCGACUGGCAGUCUUUGCAGCGUAUGGCUUGUUUUCUGCUGGAUGGCUUCUCGGCCUGUGGGGUGUGACUCUAUUGAUGCUACAUCUAAGCAUCUCAUUGGUGGUUGCUCAGCUACGUAGCCCCGCCCUAUCAUGGUUUUGCUCUCUCCUGCUGCUCUCCACACUCAAUGUCAGUGCCCUCCAGGAUUUACAGCGUGGCUGGUGUACUUCUGAGGACCAGUACUACCUCUUGCUCUUCAGUACUGCUGUUUGUAGUUUGCGCUGCAUUAGCUUUAGUCUGGAGAUGUGCUGGCACCCCCUGCAGGCUGGAGGACCAAACCACUGCUCCUUUCUUCAGGUUAAAGGACUAAAGACUUUAAUUUUUCAGUUCUACAAGCUCACUGCUUACUGCUUCUAUCAUCCUCUGUUCUACAACGGACCCAUCAUGACCUACAGAGACUUUAGCGAACAGAUAGAGAGACCGGUGUGUAAAGUGUCUGUGGUGUAUGUGUUAAGUGGGAUACUGCGCGUGUUUGUCUGGUGGUGUUUAGCCGAAUUCAUGAUCCACUUCAUGUACAUGCACGCCAUCCAAAGCAACGAAACCUACCUGGAGAUGCUUCCGCACUGGGCGUUGGGUGGUUUGGCUCUGGCGUUAGUGCAGUUUUUUUACGUAAAGUAUCUGGUCUUGUUUGGAGCUGUGUCUUUGCUCGUCAAGUUGGACGGACUGGAGCCGCCCACGUUACCACGGUGUGUCAGCAUCAUGUACAGCUUCACUGGGAUGUGGAGACACUUUGACGUGGGGCUUUACAAAUGGCUCAUCAGGUACAUAUAUGUGCCGUUGGGUGGCUCACGUCAUGGUGUGCUCUGGAAGAUUGUCUCCACGGCGUUGGCGUUUGGGUUUGUGUGUUUCUGGCAUGGUUGCCAUGACUACCUGCUGUACUGGGCCCUGCUGAACUGGAUCGGGGUCUUGGUGGAGAACGUUCUCGCACUCCUCUUCUCCUCUCAUCCUCUUCAUCACGUUAUUGUGUGCUGUCUGUCACCUCGGAUGCAGAGGCGUGGCCUAGCUCUAAUCUCCGCCUUCUCCACUGCUCUUCUGAUUCUGUCCAAUCUGUUUUUUCUGGGUGGGAUCCAUGUGGGUAGAAUCUUCUGGAAGAGGGUGUUUGUCCAAGGCUGGUCUUCCGUGGCCGUUCCAAUGGUUGCUUUUCUAUAUUGCUUUGCUCAAGUUGGUAUUGAGCGGGACAUGAGAUGACAACACCACUCAGGGUGGAAUCAUGGGAAGGCAGAAAAUACAAUGGUAUUUAAAGUUUUACAAUAGUUUCGACCAGUCACAAUGUGGACAACUAUAGCAUUCCUUACAACUCCUGCAAUAUCAUGUGAUCACGUUUGUAUAUAAUACUGCAGCUAUGCUGUAUUUGAACAGUGUGUGUGUGUGUGUGUGUGUGUGUGUGUGUGUGAAAAUGAAAUGGUGUGAAUCCUCCAGGUGUGUGUUUGAUGGUUAAUCCUGGUUUAUUUAUGAGUUUGUCUGAACACUGAUGGUGACACAUGCCUCUGAUCAGCGGCCAGGAUACAGCCGGACCAUUGCUCUCGCUCGCUCUUUUUCUGUCCCUCCAUCUGUGUAUGUUUCCAUCCUCAGGUUCAUUUUGUCCCUCUGAUCUUUCUUGUCCUGAUCUAUCUGUCUUAUGUUUUUAUCCAUCAUUCUCUCUUUCUUCUUGUGCAUCUACUUCUAUCUUCUUACUAACAGCUCAAGCUGCUCUGUGUGGUUAAUUAGAUCAGUGAUCUGCUAGCCUGGAGUUUCUCCUUUAUUAGAGAGAGGUAAGACGUGUGUGUGUUUCAGUGUUAGGAGGGAUUACACUUUAAAGAGCUUUAUCUCUGCAGCGUACCUUUAUCAGCAUCAGAUUAAUCUUUCAUAAUCCUUUCACAAAAUCUCUCUCUCAGGUUCAGUUUUAGUUUGCUUUAUUAGCAGGAUAAAACCGUAUAUUUGUAUUACCAUAUGCUUCUAAAUGGCCAUAUUGCCACUGCAGCAUAAAAGCAAUGAGAAAUUUUGCAAUAUAAAAUAAUACUGCAAGUUAACAAAUUAUGAUAAAAAAAAAAUAAAUAUAAAUGUAAUUCAAUUAUUAUUAUAGUAUGUAUUAUUAAAAGUAAUUACAGGUGCACUUUUUUUUUGUAUUGAUUUUGCCAUUAUUGCAAUCCCUGUCUCUUUCUCUGCUCUGUGAUAUGAUGUUAUUUUAGCAGAUGGUAUGGCAGAGGUCGUGUGACCUGCCCUUUUUGUGAGUUAUGCUGAAAUUGCUUACUGACAUCACACGUUACACGGGUCCUUGAUGUGCGUGUGUGUGUGUUUUCUCAGCACGGGUCACUCUGCUAUUAAUGAAUGUUGAUUAAUAAUGUAACAUUACACACAAAAAAACAAACAUAAACUCUGUAUUUCCUUCUGCUUAAAGUCAGCAUGAAUUAAUGUUUACAAAGCAUUUUUUAUAAUAUAAACAAUAUUUAAUUAGAUAAAUGCAGUGCAGGAUUUAUUUUAUUCAUUGGGAGUAGGAUGGAUGAUGAAAAGUGGGCAUUACAUACCUUAAUGGAGCUAGACCUGAAAGCAGUUUCGUUAAAACAAUGGCUAAAUAGCUAUUUGGUUAUUUGUGAACAUUAUCAAAUAACCUAGAUAUUAUGGACAAUUUUAUUUCUUUUGAAUAAGUAAAUCAUUCACAUUGAUGUCAUGCUGACUUUAAAGUAGGUUUCAUGUUUUAAAAGAAAGAGAAAUGCAUCAUUUGACUGCAAUCAAGUAAAGAGAGUAUGGACGAAAAUACGUAUAUAAAAUAUUUUAUUGUCAUAAAUAAUAUUUUACAGCAAUUUUACAAAUUUUGUCUUUGUGCUUUACAGUAGUAGUAAUUUCCAUGUGAAGAAAUGAUUUCAGUGAAGAUGUUUCAGUCAGUGGAUAAUGACCAUGCUGUCUGCUGAAUACAUCUGAAAUAAGUUCUUAAUUAGGGCUGUUUUUAAAAGAACGACCCUUAGAAGGACCUAUGUGAGCGGACAGACAUGUUUGUUCUUACAGACCCUGCAGUUUGAUAGAACAGCACAGCUCCAGCUUCAGUUUCAGUGGUAAAGGCUCUAAAAAUACUAAUUGUUCCCAAAAUAUUGUACCGUACAUGUCAAGUUUCUAUUCAAACAUAUUUACGUACAUGCAGAAACACACAAACUAAUAUGCUGUGUGUACGAUAGCAUGUUUGGUUGAUUCUCACAAAAUCGGUCAAGAAUGGUAAAUGUUCAUUUCACCCCAAAUUCAAAAGGAAAAAAUAAGAAAUUAUAUUUUGCAUGAAUAAAUACAUGUUAAGAUUUUAAUUUUUAUGUUUUUAUAGUUUUACAUUCAAUUAAUCAUUCCACGUUCAAUUCUUUGUACUAAAUUAAUUCGACUUAAUGUUUUUUCAAAUUGAUUGUAAGAUUUUAUAUAUAUUCAAUUAUAAUUAUUUUUAAUUUAAUAUCAUGAUAAAAUUGUUCUAAAAUUGACUUCAUUUACUUCAUACAAUAUAUAUAUAUAUAUAUAUAUAUAUAUAUAUAUAUAUAUAUAUAUAUAUUGUGGGAUAAAAAUGAUAUUUACUCAUUUAGGCUUCUGUGAAAGAAACCUGACCAUAGAAAAGUUUCUUUUUCAUGGACUUGUCUCUAAAGAUGUAGUGGCCUGUUUUGUCGAGACACGAUUUUUGGUUCUCAAGUCUGAAAAAACUAUUCAAACUGCCUAAUGCAAGUCUGAGAUUCAUUAAAUGCAAAUUUGGACUCACUCACUCACCAAGAGUCAGACAGGUCUGCUACAAAGACUGAAUCCAUUAGCUCUAUGGGGUAAGAGGCAAGAGAUUAAAUACUCCAGCAGUAGAGGAGUACUUUCUUUUUAAUGGUAAUUUAUUCAAUUUUCCUUUGUAUUUACCAUGCAUGUCUUAGCCUAAUUUUAGGUGCAAAUCAAGCCAUGCCGUUGUCGUAUUUGAUCAAAUCAGUCACGAUCAGAUGGUAACGAAUCUCUGUAAGUAAAGUAAACCAUGCAUCUAAAGGCUGCAUGUCUCUGCCUAAUAACUCUGUACAAUCCUCAAUCUCAUUCUCUUACAAUGGAAAAAGUGCAUUCUCUGAAUAUUAAAACUCUUAUUGCUGUGCUACACAGGCAUGCAGUGACAUCAGGGCUGCAAAUUGUUUCUUAUGUUACGUUGGUUACAUCAUGUGGUUCAGGUUAAAUGUUAUAUCUGGGCUGGAGAAGCGUGGCAGGAGUAAUCUGUGUGAAAUACAGCAGCAAUGAUUAUUGCUUCAGAAUCAGCUCAGGCUGAUGCUUUACAUUCCAGUUUACAAUGGAUUUGCAUGUCAGUAUUGUUAAUAAUAUUAUUGUAACAUUCAUAUGUCUUAUUUAAAAUCAGUUCUGGGCUGCCGGAUACAAACGCUAAACCUUUUCCAAUUUCUACUCAGUAUUUGGAGUCUAAGCAAAUGACCCAUAAUAUUAAAGCUAAUUAAGAUAUCAUUAUUGUAAAACAAGCUCUGAAGCAUAAAAUAACCCUAAUGGGAAUUUUGCCAUUUAAUAUUGUUCCUCUGGUGUCCUGCUGAUAGAAUGAGAUAAUCAUCUCUUAAGGGCAAAAUAUAUAUAUAUAUAUAUUUAAAGAAACUAGGAUUUUUUGCCAUACAAAAUUUUCAGACUGUACAAAAUGUACCUUUGUUGUAACAGAAAUAAAUCUUCAUGUAGGUUUGAAGCUUCUUGUCUUUCUUUCUCCAACAAAAUCUUUUUUAAUUUCUGAUGUAAUGUUUGAUAUGACCUUGGUAGCUUUUUGGUUUUAUGUCAUUCUUCCGAGUCACAUUUCUCUCUCUCUGCUCUCAGGUAGUGGAGAAGCAGGUGAUACUGACCUCAGCACAUCUCCUGUGGACCUGAUAAUGACCUCUCUAACCUGAGAACAUCUCACAGCAUGCUAACAUGUCCCUUAACCGCUCAUCUGACGCACACAGUAUGUUCAUUACCACGAUUCUCAACACACACAACAUGUUUAUCAGAGUUUGUAUGGUCAGGCACUCUCUUUCUGAGAUACAAAUGAGAAAACCUGAAUGGUUAAGCAUCAUCUCAGAAUAAAUACAAGUUCAUAUGUUCUAUGACAAAGAUUAUCAGGUUUAGCGGUGGUGUUCAGAAUAGAGGGGCUAAUGCAUGAGACUCGAACUCUGUGUUCCCCCUGGACCUCAUUAUGGAAAUCAAGGUAGAGUUGAUAUGGGGGGAGGGACGCUGAAACAGAGAGCAAAAUAAACAGCUAUUUAUACCUUAGCCAUGUUAUUAAUGGAUUAACUCUUAACUUGCAUUAGUAGCUUUAUUUAAUAUAAUAAUAGGGGAGACUGGGACUAGCUGUCACAACUCUAGUGAAUAUUUCUCAAGGUUGCUUUAUUUUUUUUUUACAAGGCAUUUUCACUAUAGACACAUACCUUAAAGUCUUGGCUACAAAAACAUUUGGACAGUUUCACCAAUAUUGUCCAGGAAAAAAAAAAAAAAGAAGAUUCAGUUCAUUUGAUUUUAGGCUUUUGACAAGCAGCCCCAGUCACCCCUGCUGACCAAUCAAAAGCUAAACAUUUGUUUAAAGAACAUCAGACAUAAUAACAAGGCUGGUGAGAAGAUAAUGCCACAUUUGCGGUAAUGAUUAUGUAAAAACAUCCAAGAAGGGGGUCAGAAUGAGCUCUCAGACCAUCGCCCCUCUUCGUUCCUGAGAUUCUUUGUGUUUUAAUGUUUGCGGUAAUGCUGAAAGUUCCUCGUAACUGUGUUAUGAUGUACUGUGGUGUUGUGACUGAAAUAUUGUGUAUUGAUUACAUCCAUCAUGGAAAACAAAGCUACAAUGCACAACAGAUCUGAAUAGUAAUAGUGUUCUCGUGGUGUAAUAUGUUUGUGUGCUUUCUGGAAGACCCGAUCAUUGAUAAAGAAACCACAUAUGUUCA